AUGGUUAAAACAAGAAGCCAGGCAGCGGCUCCAUCGGGAGUUCCCGUCGCUCCAGAAUCAACUGUCUCGGCCCGAGGUUCGCAUCAUUCGAGUGCCUCCCUUCGAGCCCAGCGGCUGCCCAUCGAGGCGGCUCACGCCCGGCGCAUGGCCGACAGGGAGGCAGAUCGUGAGCGCAUCAUGGCGGACCUCGAGCUGCAAGCAGAGCUCGCGGCCCUGGAGGACACCGGCAGCUCCCAGUAUUUUAGAAGUUUGCGAGUAGAAAGGUGGGUGGCGCAAUCUAAGAGUGAAUGUUCACAUGGGUCUCAUUCGCAGAUGGCUAAUGAGCAAACUGGUCGGGACGGUCGUGUCUCGCUUAACGUCGAUGGCUCGAAAGCCACGGCGGGCGGAUACGUGUCUUCAUACGCCCCGACUCCAACCGCGUCAGCGUUGUUGCCAGCUGGUCAUAUGAGCGUGGCCUCGCCCAGCGCCGUGGGCUCAGAAGCUUCGGCGCGCGAGUACGCGCUUCCCUAUGCGCCGGCUCCGUCUGCAUCAACAUGGAUACCAGGCGGUAGUGUGCGCGUGGCCUCGCCCAGCGCCGCCGUGGGUUUAUUAGCGCCAGCGCGCAAGUACGCGCUGCCCUGUGCUCCGGCUCCGUGUACGUUAGCGUUGAUGCCAGCUAGUCGUACGAGUGUGGUCUCGGCCAGCGCUGUGGGCUCAGUAGCUCCGGCGCGCGAGAACGCGCUUCCCUAUACGCCGGCUCCGUCUGCGUCAACGUUAGUAUCGGGUGGUCGUAUGCGCGUGGCCUCGCCCAACGCCGUGGGCUCACUAAACCCAGCGCGCGAGUACACGCCGCCCUGUGCGCCAGAUUCGUGUGCAUCAACGGCGGUGCCGGCCACCCGUGUGCGUGUAUCCGUGCCCGGAGCUGCCGACUCGAUCGCCGCGGCGUGCGAACUCUCACAUCCUUUCAUACCGACUAUGGAGCACCAUACCACAUAA